AGUUUCAAUUUCAACGUCGAACGAACGAAAAGUUGCAGGCUAAAAAUACCAAUUUUGGUAAAACAUUCACACAUAUUGUGUUUUCGAAAAACUGCGAACUAUAAUUAAUAAAUACGCUUAAAUGCGCCAUGGACUAUGCAAAAGUUAUGUGCUAAAAGUGAGAGUUAAAAAGUGUCGCAACUGGCAAUCAUGUGGAAUGCAUUAAGGAUUCAACAGUUUUUCUGGCUAAUCCCGCUUCUGAUUCACCCUUCGCAAUUUUGUUGGGGCCAACAGACGCACAUCAAGUUGGAGCAGGGAGACCUUAUUGGGCUCAAGGUCUUUCCGGAUGGAACACGUGGCGCUGUCUACGCUUUUUUGGGUAUUCCCUAUGCACAGGCACCUCUCAACGAACUUCGAUUCGCUCCCGCCAAGCCGAGUUCCAGCUUUAAUCGCACCCUCCAGGCCACUGCCAUGCAGCCCAUUUGCCCACAGCUCUCGAACACCAUCUACGACGAGAGUUCGGAUGGCGGUAUUCCCAGAUCAGUGAGCACAGACGAGGACUGCCUGUAUCUGAACAUCUGGACCCCGGAGUCGGGGCUGCGAUAUGGCAAACUGCCCAUCGUUGUUAUUGUCACGGGUGAGGAGUUCGCCUACGAUUGGCCCAGAAAUCGCAUCAAUGGCUUGGACCUGGCUGGAGAGGGCAUUGUGGUGGUCAGUGUCCAGUACCGAAGUAACAUUUACGGAUGGCUGAGUCUGGGAGAGCAGCAUCGCCAUGUCCCUGGAAAUUAUGGCCUAAGUGAUGUCCAAAUGGCAUUGCGGUGGAUUCAAAGGAAUGCAGCUGCUUUCGGGGGCAAUCCGGAUCACAUAACACUUUUGGGUCAUGGAAGUGGAGGAGCACCAAUGGCACUGGCUGCGGCUUUGGAGGAGUCCCACAUAAUAAAGCAGCUAGUGCUCAUGUCACCCGGUCCCAUAAUGCGAACUUUGGGUCGGAAUCACCAAAAGCGAGUGGUAGAAACGGGCCAGGAGCUGGUCAAGAAAUUGGGCUGUCAGUUCGAGGAGGCACAACGGCGCCAGUUGAUGGGUUGUCUGAGGCGAAAGAGUCGAGAGGACCUGCUCCGCGCCUACGAAAGUGUGUACAACCAUGGCAAUGGAAGCUCCCAGCUGGGAGUGAUUCUACCGGAAGGACUUACAUUCGAGCAACGACUUCAAAAUGAAACACUCCCUCCCGUUCUGCUGGGCAUCACUUCCAAUGAAGGCGCCUUCCUGCAGGACUACUGGCUGGAUGUGGCCAGGGAGGGUCAGCUGGCGCUCCAGAAGUACAUAAAUCACACUUUAUUGCCAAAUGUGAUGCGAGCUAUGGAUUCUGCGGGGGAGGAGAGCUCCGCCCAAUUGGCAGCCAUUAGAUGGAGAUACUUCAAUGGGAAGGGAGAGGGCGUCACCCAUCUUCUGGGUGGAAUGCAACGGCUGCUCUCCGAAUCCCUCUACGAAUUACCCUUCUUUCGUCUUUUGGAUAUGCUAAAUGGAAGCACUAGCUACGCUUAUGUAUUCGACCAAUCCCACUCGAUGGACAUGCGUGGCAGGAGGAAUCUUUUCGGAGGAGCCUCCCACAGCUCCGAUCUGCCCUUGCUCCUGGGUCCAAGUCUGUUUCAGCAGAUAGCCCGUCGAAGAUUCAGUGGCGAGGAGGAGCAACUCUGCCGGAAACUCAGAGGAGCCUUUGCCAAUUUUAUAAAGAAUGGCAAUCCCACGCCAGGAAGGAUCUUCGAUGGCUGGUUGCCCUAUAACAAAGAGAACCCAUUCGUCUAUAGUCUGGGAGAGCAGACGAAGACUCCACAAGCAGGAUCAGUGGAUGAAGCGGAGGUGGAGAAGCUACUCAGGGGGGAAACGGGGGCUCCAGGAACGGAUAGGAGUUUAUCGCGUAGCAACCGCCACGAUACCUAUAGAGCAAUACCUUCCAAUUCGUACACGGCCCGCAAUCAACAGGAUUCGGGUUUCUCCAAUCACUUGGAGAGGGUUUACGGAUUCUGGCAGGUGCUACUCCCACUGGAAAGAGAGGAGGAUUUACGAGGCGGAGCUCUUGGUCAGCGAGUGCGACUCCUAGAAGCGAGUGCCGAUGCAGCUCGCUACCGACAGGGAUUCUACGCCAUGUUGGGACUGGUGUGCCUACUCCUUGCCUGCCUCUGUCUCUGCGUUUAUCUGCUCAAAAGAGACCCGAAUCCAAUGAGACGACGCAGUGCAUCAUCGGCUUCGGAUUGCUACAGCUUAUGA